AUGACCAGCCAGAGCACAGAUGCAUUAGACUAUGUGGAAGGUGCUGCAGCUGAAAGAGCCCCGAAGAACCCAAAACAUGCCCCUUACUCCACCAAGGGGAAAAGACUGAACCAGGUCUCAGUGCCUACCACUGGUGUUUGCAAAGAGCUGGACCUCUUCCAGGGAGUCAAGCUGCUCUUCAGGGCAGUGGGAUACGCAGAGGGCUGUGCGGUCAAGCCGCACACCUUUGACUUCCAGGUUGCAGGAAUUCAUAAAGAACACGUGUCUAGGAGACAGAUGAAACAGAAGAAUGUGUUAGAGCAUUGCCUCUUACUGGGCUUAAUUAGACGCGGGAAAGGCGGAAGAGUCCCAGAGGGGCAGGUGCGUGCAGGAGGGGGACCCGACCCUUUCCCGGGACUCUUCCCCCGAGGGCCGAGGCUGCGGGCGCUUACCAGGUACUCGGCCCCGGAGCAGGGCAUCGCGCGCUCGCCGGCGGGGGCGGUGACUGGGAGCCGCCGCCGUCCCGCGUACGAGGAGACGCAGCGCCCGCGAGCCGGGGCCGGAGCCGGGGCCGGGGAGGGGCGAGCAGAGCGCAGCGCCGCCUCCCGUUCGCCUCUGCACCUGGCCCGGCGGCCGCGGGCGCCGAUGUCCACUGGGUCAGCCUCUCCCCUGCAUGGGGUCCUGCCCUGGUGGGAGGAAGAGGCUCAGACCCUUCCCUGUCAUCUCGCCUCUACCGCCUCGCGGCCGCGGCUCCCAAGAUGUGCACCUCGAAGACUGAAGAUGAGCCGGCGCCGCCGCGACCUGGGGCAGGUGGUCGGCCUCUGCCGUAGGCUAGAAGUCGAAAGUCUCAGCAGAUCCCUUCUGAGGGCCGAGCGACAGUGUAGUGGUGUAUUCUACAUAGCAAACAGGGUGAAAAUGGAAAGUUGCCUUUGGAACUCACUGGCCAAAGUGGGAGAAACAGUAAGAUGACCCUCCCUUCAUUAUGCUGGCCAAUGUGGUGACUUCCUUGAAGAUGAAGGCUGAGUCUUAUUCAUUUCAGUCUCUUCUCAUCUAGCAGAAGAGUAAUGGUUGCACAGAAAAUGUUGGUUUAGUGGUUGAAUGAAUGAAUGGAUGAACAGGUUCUUGCACACAAGAAAGAGACUUGAUGUAGUUGCAUCCUUUCCUGCUUCAGCCAG